AUGGAGGUUAAAGGACAUUUGAUAGCUGGUAUGGGUUUAGGUGCUCCCGAAUUACAGGGUUAUCAGAACAGCAAGCUUCAGGUGACACGGCUUUCUGAGCUGGAAGAAAAGAAGUGCAGACUGCAGGCUCUUUUGAGCAGUCGACAAGGGGAGCUACGGCAUUUGUGUCUUCUGGAGGCGGAACUGACAGGAAAACUAUCCCGUGACUUUCCUCUAGAAGUCGGGGAAUGUCCCCCACCUGUUCAGCGUCGGAAUGGACUGCUUGUCAGUUUAGAAGAGGAGGACCAAAUCCAAAGAAGACAAAUAAAGACCCUCUUCAGUGGCACCAUACGCCGAAACAUAGAGUUAGACAAAAACACACAACACAAAAAGAGAACUGUACAUCGUGGAUGUCACACAGAGGAAACAAUUAAGUCAGAGAGCAGCUCCCUUUCUGACUCAACUCAGUCCCAAGACAAUGAGGACUCAUCUCCUAGUAAGGUUCUUGCGCAUCGCUCACUCUCUCACCCACGUCUAUCCCCUGGCAGUCCUGACAGCCACAUUUGUAGGAAACUGUCUCCAUUGGAGAUGCGAGGUUGCCAUAACUACAGCUUUUCCAGUCCAAGUCACUCGCUUCCAAGAAGUGCAUCCAAUGUGGAUGACAUGAGUGUUUAAGAAACACCUCUUUUUCUCUACACCAAAAAAACAUUCAUUUCUGUCAGGUCUGAUAUGUCUGGUGGUGUAACACAAAAGCAGUGGAGUUUCCGUCCAGAAGUUACACAGUUUGUUCCACUGGUGCCUUUGAAGAGCUCCUCUUCUGAGCAUACCAGUUACCCAUUCAACUCUCUUGCUCGUCGUAGCAACAGUUCUGAGGCCUUACUUGAUCAUGCUAGCUUUCCUGAGCUGGUGCCCCGGAAUGGCAUGCAUUCCAGAGUUGGGCCUUACAAAAGCUCAGAGUCUCUGACUGAUGACAAGAUCAGGCAGAUGUACCUUGGCAGUCCAGAGAAGCAGCUAAGUGGAUCUAAAGGGCAAGGGUACCAGCAUUUAUCAGCGGGUGUUAGAGAAAGUAGCUCAAGCUACAACGAAAUUAUGAUGGACUACAUUUUGGGCAAGCAACUAAAGAGACCAAUUCAGCGCCAGCAGCAUCUCUCAGAAGGGCGGAUAUGGCCUGACUUUGCUGCUCUUCCUGUGUCUGGCACCUCUAGUCAUUGCAAUGGUUUUUCCCAUUCUCAGAUACACCUAGCAACUGCACCACCCCCAUAUAGCCCUGUGUUUCUUCUGGGCCACCAGGCUAAACAUUGCCGAGUCAAAGUCACACGGACCAAGUCCUGUGGUCCCUUUAUCCCCCUUCAACAGAAGAGCUUGGAGCCAGUCCUAUUCUCUGCCUAUGAGCCAUCUUUUUCCACUGCCUCCUCCAUCCCCAACCUGCUGUCUCAACAGGCAGAGUUCCCCAGUGCUGCUGUUACUUUUACCCAUAAGUCUGCACCCUUCUCUCUACCAACCCCAGAAGACUCCACACGCAGCCUACACAAAGCCCUAGCACUGGAGGGACUAAGGGACUGGUAUCUCAGAAAUGCCCUGGGUUAUCCUGCUGCAGCCAAGGGGCAUGAUGAAUUUCCUCUGCACCCAACACAGCAACUGGUGCACCAGCCACAAUCUUUUCCACUGGGCCCAUUCUAUGCUCCACCACAGAUGCCUCAGUCAGCUUCCUUUCAUGGGCACACACCAGAGAGCAGAUCUGUUGAGCUCUCUUUCUACCCAGAACCGUUUCUCUCCCAGGAAACUACUCAAAAAAAGUUCACUUCAGAUCAUCCUGCUCCUGGAACUCUGGUCUAACAAGAGAAAGCUUUAGUUUUAUCAUUAGCAGGGAGCGAGAACAACUGUUCACUCACUCAACUGAAUGUUACUCAAGACAUGCAAAGCUAGAAAAAAAACGCCCUUCGUUAUCUGUUCUUGUCUUGCUUUUGAAAGAAAACACUUGGUAAUCCUAAAACUUUCUGGCAUAAUGUGCAAACAAACAAAAGGGUCUUAUUAUGUUUAAUAAAAGCAAAUAUAGCAAUUUAUUUUUAGAACAUUAAACCAGCAUUUAAGUAUGGCAGCGAUAAU